UGUCGCAAAGGUGUUGUCGCUGUCAAUUCUCCAAUCUCCAGUCAGUCGUCAGUCAGAAUUCUGUCAGAUUCAAGCAAAGAAUCAAGAUUCGACCCUCAUUCGACCCAAUCUCGUUCUGAUAUUUUUUUAUCAACGUCAUAAAAAAAUUAAUCACCAAAAGGCAACAAUUUAUUAUUCUUCGAAAAAUGUCUGGUUUCGGAGAUAGUUUCGUCCAAGUAGAAGAAGAUCCUGCAGCAGAAUUCUUGGCUCGAGAACAGGACGAACUUGCAGGACUUGAAGAUGAAGUUAAACCAGCAGCUAUCAUUGCUCCAGCUCUCAAUGGAGAUGAACCAGCCACUUCUGCCAGCAGUUUCGAAAUGGUAGAGAAUGGUGAUGCUGAAUUUCUAGGAGAUCAUAAGUUCCAAAGUGUUUCACCAACCCCGCUUACACAAAGACAAGAUGACAGAAUAGAACCAGAAAAAAUCAGAAUUUGGAGAGAAGAACAAGUAAAACGACUUGAAGAGAAAGAUAAACAGGAAGAGAUAAAAAAAGAUGAACUUAGGGAGAUUGCAAGAAAAGAAUUGGAAGACUGGUACAAAAAUCAUCAAGAAGCAAUUUCGAAGACAAAAGCUGCUAAUAGAAAUGCGGAAAAGCAGUUCGUAUCAGAAGAUGAAGCAUUAGAACCUGGUACGGAGUGGGAGCGUAUUGCAAAACUCUGUGAUUUCAACCCAAAAGCAAAGCAGGGUAGCAAGGAUGUUUCAAGAAUGCGCUCUAUUGUUCUGCAGAUGAAACAGAACCCUGUUCCAAUCAACAACACAGCUUGA